AUGGUGUUCAACUCAUUGACUGAGGCUCCUCACAACCUCAAGGAGGGCAUUGACUGGCUGAUUGCCGUCAAGGGAACUGAUGCUGGAAAGAACAUUGCUGCUUUGGGUGACGCAGUUCAUAAGCUUCUAGCUGACAAGCCUGUUGGCUACACGGACGUACCAGCUCUCGAGAAGGUUAAGCGUAUUUCUAAGGAGUUCCUGGAGCAGCCAGAGCUUGUGGAGAAAUGGCCCGCAAACAAUGUACUGGUGAAAUUCAACAAGCCUAUUGAUAGAAAGCCCCAGUUUUUCCAAAAGCUCUUUCGCAGCGUUGACAAAUGCGAUUAUACGAACGUCGUAAAAGAAACGCCUCUCAGCGCUAGCACCAUUACACAAAAAUUAGGCAAGGCUGUGAAUGGUUUUGAGAAAUUCUUAGGCAAAAUUACAAGCGCCGAGCAGUACGAGUCCGCUUACAGUUCAGAAGCCACCUGGGAGAAAUCAUGUUCUGAAAAGCCAGAGGAUUGUGCAGCGGUCUUUGUGGGUAUUGCACCUAUGUUGUGGGCGGGCAUACGUACUUUGGAUGAUGCAAGCUACCCUGGUGAUUUUAGCUGGCUGGGUUUGGGUAAUAAGAAGAAUGUUUCAGCAAAACUAUUAAGCGCUUUAGGGUUCAAAGAUGCAGGGUGCCUUAGCAAUACCACCGCUCCAAAUGUUUCAUCCGCUGUGGCAAUUGUGAAGAACAAUGGGUUGCAAACGUUCCACGACCUCUCAGGAUUUUGGGCAUUCUACGAUUGCACUAAGGUGCCCUCUGUUGAUGCUGAGCCAUCUGUUGACGGUGAAGGCGAACAGUCCAUGAUCCCCGAAGCUGAACCAUCCUUUGAAGGUGAAGGUGAACAGUCCAUGAUCCCCGAAGCUGAACCAUCCUUUGAAGGUGAAGGUGAACAGUCCAUGAUCCCCGAAGCUGAGCCAACCGUUGACGGUGAAGGUGAACAGUCCAUGAUCCCCGAAGCUGAGCCAACCGUUGACGGCGAAGGCGAGCAGUCCUUGAUCCCCGAAGCUGAGCCAACCGUUGACGGCGAAGGCGAGCAGUCCUUGAUCCCUGAGGCUGAACCAUCCGCCGAGCCCGUGAAGCCUGAAGUCGAUGAGGUUGAACAGCCUGUGAAGGUUGCGAAGGCUGCUAAAGUGGCAAGGUCUGUGAAAGCCGCCAAGAAAGCUGCCAAGAAGGUUUCCAAGAAGGCCCGCCAGAGGAAGCAGAAGAAACAGAAGAAGCAGCAGGAAUCUGCUGAGCAGUGA